AUGUUUGACCGCGUCUGCUUCCUCGCGUUUGGCCGCGUAGCCUACCACGGCCCCACCAAUCGGCUCGGCGAAUUUUUGGACUCGAUUGGGGAUCCUGAACUCGCCAUCCCAUAUGAUCACGACCCGGCCGAUCACAUGAUCAGCAUCCUCGCCCUAAACGUCGAGACCCAGGGCCAGGAUUAUGAUCGAAUCAAGCGGAUCGCCGCCACCUUCAAGAAGCACGAGAUUGGCGAGAAAUUGGCGCAGUUGAUCAGCGGCGACGUGACGGGCAGUGUUCGCAAACUUGAGGAGGAGGGCAAUCGGGAUAUCGGCAACAAGCCACGAUACCAAGCCGACUUCCUGGUCCAAUUCUGGACCCUUCUGAAGCGUGCGACGCUGACCUGCCUCCGUGACCCACUACUCGUCAAGGUGAAGCUGGCCCAAGUUUUGUUGACAUCGCUGGUGAUCAGCCUGGUGAAUUGGCGCGUCGACGUGCGGGCGGACACGGUGCAGAACAUUGAGGGCGUGCUGUUCAACACGGCUCGCGACAUGAACUUUCUCUUCUUGUUCCCGUCAAUCGGGGUGAUUACCGCCGAGUUGCCGAUUUUCUUGCGUGAACACCGGGCCAGGAUUUACUCGGUGGAUAGUUACUAUUGGGCCAAGACGGCCGCUGAAGUGCCCCAAUAUACGAUAUUGGCCAUCGUCUAUGGGUGUAUCGUAUACUGGAUGACAGGUUUAUUCGCCGGCGCCGCGCAAUUCCUCAAAUUUCUGCUGAUCUGCGUGCUGCAGGCGUAUGUGGCCAUUUCGAUUGCCACUGCCGGCGCGUGCGUCUUCGGAAGUGAAGGAGCGGCCGUCACCUUCAUCCCCAUCCUCGUGCUCCCGAUGCUAAUCUUUGGCGGUUUCUACAUCAACUACGCAGACAUUCCGGUUUACAUGCAGUGGUGGUGUCACCUCUCUUGGUUCCGCUACGGUUGCCUGAGCAUCGAGACGAAUUCGGGCGGAAAUUGCACAACUCAGACUGGACUCGACGUACUGCGCAACCGCGGAAUGUCCGUCAGCGCCCUGAAUUAUUGGGUCAAUGCUGCCAUCCUCCUCGCGAUGACGCUCGUCUCCCCGAUUCGUCGGGCUGAUCGCCCUGCGGCUGCGCAGCUGAACAACGCCUACACAAACUUUAUUCUGCCCAUUUCU